AUGGUGACAGAAGAAUCAGUUAAGCAUGCUGCACAGGAUGGCCAAUACCUUCCGAUGGAGGCCGAUCAUUCUUCGAUUGUGAAGUUUACAAACCGCUCCGAUCAGCAUUAUCAAAUUGUUCGUCGCAAGUUGUUAGAGAUCGCCCUUGAGAUAUCAAUAACCCCACCAAAAGUUUCAUGUGAGGAAAGAAUAAAGAUUUGCCACUGGCUUUCUUUGGGUCCAUUCGACGAGAAGCAUGUUGAGGUUAGCGGUAAAAGACAGGAAAAUACUGGCGGGUGGCUUCUCGCUCAUCAUCAAUUUAUAUCAUGGAUAGAUAACUCAGGGCCUCAGCUGCUAUGGGGCUGUGGAAUUCCUGGUGCCGGAAAGACAUUCCUUAGCUCCCUUGUGAUCGAUGAGCUUGAAAUCAGAUCAAUCAGAUGUACAAGCAUUGGCGUAGCCUAUGUUUACUUUAACUAUAAGGAUCAGAACCAACAAAUGCCAGUUACGAUUCUCCGCAGCCUCAUCAAACAGCUCAUAACCAGGCCUCACGCAUGCGCACUAGACUCUCCUAUCCCUCAAAAGGUUCAAUCGCUCUAUAAUAACAAUUGUGCAGCGGAAAGCACGCCAAAACUGGGAGAUUUGCGAGAUGCUCUUGUUGAGAGCCUCAAGUUAUUUACGCAGACUUUCUUUGUGUUUGAUGCAUUGGAUGAAUGUCAGAAACACGUUCGCAAAGACCUGUUGCCAUUGAUCCAUUGGAUUGCGGAUAGUGGGACUAGAAGCCGUCUUUAUCCUCAAGAUAUCCUGACUUCCCUAACCUCAACCGAUUCCAACCGUUACAUUCAGAGAUUGGAUAUUGAGGCCAAGGAGGAGGACGUCAUUAUUUACGUUGACAAAACAAUUCAGGAGCACAUUAAAGCUCGAGAUCUGAUCACGGGCGAUUUCAGAGCAAAGGUCAUUUCCAGGCUCGUGGGCGCAUGCAAAGGAAUAUAA